GCUUAUUUAAACUAACAGAACACCCCAAAAAGAUUCGUAAUUUACACUUUCGGCCCCAAAAGAUCGUGUUCAACUGUGAAGGCCUCCAUAGAAGAAGAAGAGAGAGGCGUGCGAUCUCCGCAUCGAAUAAACAGUACGGAGUAGUGUUUGCUUUUGCUCCGGGUUCUGGUGAGCUUCGCGAUCUCGUAGUCUCUUUCCCUUAUCGUUGAAUUUUCAGUUAACGAUCUAAAUGGGGAAAGGAGGCGAUGAUUUGGGGACUAAUAAGCAAACCAACGGCUCCGAAUCGUCAAACUUCGAACCAUUCCCUCCUUGGGCCAAAGACGUUAGAGAAUGCGAAGAUCACUUCGGCGUCAGUGCUGAGAAAGGGCUAACCACCGAUGACGUGGCGAAACGUCAUCAGAUCUACGGUUUGAACGAGUUAGAGAAGCCUGAGGGGACAUCGCUCUUUAAAUUGAUUCUGGAGCAGUUCAACGACACUUUAGUUCGCAUUCUCUUGGCGGCGGCUGUUAUCUCCUUCGUGUUAGCCUUUGUCGAUGGCGACGAAGGCGGUGAGAUGGCGAUCACUGCUUUUGUUGAACCGCUCGUGAUCUUCCUGAUCUUGAUCGUGAACGCAGUCGUUGGGAUCUGGCAAGAGACCAACGCCGAGAAGGCCUUGGAGGCUCUGAAGGAGAUUCAGUCUCAGCAGGCGACCGUGACGCGCGACGGGGUGAAAAUGUCUAGCUUGCCUGCUAAGGAGCUUGUUCCUGGCGACGUUGUGGAGCUCAGGGUGGGUGAUAAGGUCCCCGCCGAUAUGCGUGUGGUGAGGUUGAUCAGCUCCACGCUGAGAGUUGAGCAGGGGUCUUUGACGGGAGAGAGCGAGGCGGUGAGUAAGACUACAAAGCCUGUGGAGGAGAACGCUGAUAUCCAGGGGAAGAAAUGUAUGGUGUUUGCAGGGACGACGGUUGUUAACGGGAGCUGUGUUUGUUUGGUUACUAACACUGGGAUGAGUACCGAGAUCGGGAGGGUGCAUUCGCAGAUUCAAGAAGCUUCGCAGCACGAGGAAGACACUCCUCUGAAGAAGAAGCUCAACGAGUUCGGAGAAGCGCUGACGAUGAUCAUUGGUUUAAUCUGCGCGUUGGUUUGGCUCAUUAACGUGAAAUACUUUCUCUCCUGGGAGUCUGUUGAUGGCUGGCCGAGAAACUUUAAGUUCUCCUUCGAGAAGUGCACGUACUACUUCGAGAUCGCUGUUGCGUUGGCCGUUGCUGCGAUUCCGGAAGGUCUUCCAGCUGUUAUUACGACUUGUUUGGCUCUGGAGACACUUGGCUGCACAACUGUGAUAUGCUCUGAUAAAACUGGGACUUUGACGACUAAUCAGAUGGCUGUUUCGAAGCUUGUUGCUAUGGGUUCUAGAGUUGGGACUCUUCGGUCUUUUAAUGUUGAGGGGACUUCUUUUGAUCCUCGAGAUGGGAAGAUUGAAGAUUGGCCUGUGGGUAGGAUGGAUACAAAUCUUCAGAUGAUUGCCAAAAUUGCUGCUAUUUGUAAUGAUGCGAAUGUUGAGCAAUCUGAGAAUCAGUUUGUUGCUAGGGGCAUGCCUACUGAGGCAGCUUUGAAGGUUUUGGUUGAGAAAAUGGGGUUCCCAGAAGGAGCUAAUAAAGCCUCAUCUUUGGCUAAUGGUGAUGUCUUACGUUGUUGUCGGUUAUGGAGUGAACUAGAGCAACGGAUUGCCACUCUUGAGUUCGACCGAGACAGGAAAUCAAUGGGAGUUAUGGUGGAUUCCAGCUCAGGAACGAAACUGUUACUGGUCAAGGGUGCCGUUGAGAAUGUAUUGGAAAGGAGUACGCAUAUUCAGUUACUUGAUGGUUCAACUCAAGAGCUUGACCAGUACUCAAGGGACCUUAUUCUACAAAGCCUACAUGAUAUGUCCAUGAGUGCAUUAAGGUGUCUCGGAUUCGCCUACUCUGAUGUUCCAUCAGACUUCGCUACUUAUGAUGGCAGCGAAGACCAUCCUGCUCACCAGCAACUCCUCAACCCAUCCAAUUAUUCUUCUAUUGAGUCCAAUCUAACAUUUGUUGGAUUUGUUGGUCUAAGGGAUCCUCCGAGAAAAGAGGUGCGUCAAGCCAUUGCAGACUGCAGAACAGCAGGUAUCAGUAGUAGCUCGACGAGUGUUUUGAGUCAGGUUACAAACUCAGAGCAUAGUUCAUUGACCAUUACAGUUAUGGUUAUCCACAACCCAAUAGGGCUCAUUAUCACCAAAAGUUUGUAUUGGGCCCUAAAUAUACCUUUACCUUUGAGAAACGCCGAGGGUGGUUUCCAUUUCUAUGUGGCUGUGAUCGUCGCCGUCAUUUGCACCCCGGUUUUCGAUCUCCGUUUCUCCUCAAAGGAGAAGAAUGAUCGAAUGAGGACCGAGCCCGGUAAACCCUCUGGUAACUUUUUCCAACAGGAAAGGACCACAAAAGUGAAGGAGAGGAGUAGCUUUGUCGAGAAGGCCCAGCGCCGGCGAGAUGCGCCGCUGCCGGCGCCGAGAAAGAGGAGUUCCCUCGGUCUCGUUGCUCAGCGUCUGCUUCAGUUCCUCUACGUUUUGUUAUCUUGCGUAGCGGUCUCCACGGGACCUGAAGAUGCAAACGAGACUACUUCGAUUUUUCUCGUUGAUGAGGCCUGGACCUUAACGUCACACUAUGUGACUAUUCUUCCGCUGUUCGACUUUGUCGUGAAGGUUCCCUCGACGCAUUCAAGCACCGUCUUGAAUUCGCUGUCAUCCAACGUUCUUUUUCUCUAG